UGAAAGCGGUCGUGGCUCAUCGACGCACCCUCAUUCGUGAGCUGUACGACCCAAUCCCGUGUCAGCAUUUAGAGAGAUGGGGGACUCUUAGGGGGGGGUAGGUUGGGCAGAGAGGUAGACGUACAAUGCACAUUUUGCAACGCUCACCAAAUUGUGCGACUUUGUUUUGGCAGUUGACCUGCGCCUUUCCGCCAACCAUCGUUAGCCCUCCGUGUGGCCAGAAGCUAUACAAAAAGCUAGGUACAUACGUAGUAGUUGGCACAGUAGAAAUGCAUGUCGGCGGGAUAAUGCAAGACGUAGCCAAGCUUGAGGUGAACGGAACGAGCCGAGAGGAAGCUGCCGUGCGGUCCGUUUAUAAAGCAAAGUUAUCUGUAGAGAGAGGGGGACAGAGAGAGGAUAUUGCAGACUGGUAGGCGCUUAAUUAAUGUGUCUGAUGAAGCCUGCGAGUUAGGAAUCCGCUGGGGAGAGGGAGGACCCUCAUUCCUUUAUAACAUUUCGUUACCGGAGAAAGUGCCUCCCAAGAGGCCGGUCCCAACGUAGGAU